AUGGCUGUCUCAGGGUCUCUGCAAGUCUCCCUGGAGCUCGGAAUCUGCAGGAACCAUGAGCGCAGCAAUAAAUUUCAGAGUACCAAAACAAGGGCUCGAUUGUGUCUCUCGAGGAGUAAUUUGCCGUCAGCUUUACUGAGAAGGUGUUCUUGGGGUUCAGAUUCUUUGAAGCAAGUGCACAGACGAGUAUGCACCAUUCCUCAUAUAGGUCACCAGUUUAGGUGCCAUUGUUUUCUAAAUCCCAGCCCGUCUGUGGAUGUUAACAGUGUAAAGAAUGCAACCUUAACUCUAGCAAGAUCACUUAAUCGUCUGCAAGGAAGUCCCGUUGUGAUUAAAUUGGCUUCAGCAGUUGGGAUUGUUAUUUUUGCAGUAUGGGGGCUUGGGCCACUUGUCCAACUAAGCAGAAACGUAUUUAUGAAUAAGACUGACAAUAACUGGAAAAAGAGUAAUGCAUAUCAAGUUACAACCUCAUAUAUUCAACCCUUGCUGCUAUGGACUGGAGCAAUCUUUAUAUGCAGUGCAUUGGAUCCAAUGAUUCUUCCCACAGAAGCUGGUCAAAUUGUUAAACAAAGGCUUUUAAAUUUCAUCAGAUCUUUAUCUACAGUGCUGGCUUUUGCCUAUUGUCUGUCAAGUUUAAUUCAACAAGCACAAAAAUUCUUCAUGCAGACAAAUGCCUCUACCGAUAACAGAAAUAUGGGUUUCCAGUUUGCCGGGAACGCUAUAUAUACAGCUGUCUGGGUUGCAGCUGUAUCAUUGUUUAUGGAAUUGUUAGGUUUCUCAACCCAAAAAUUGCUCACCGCUGGAGGGCUUGGAACAGUCUUGCUCACACUAGCUGGACGUGAGAUUUUCACAAAUUUUCUUUCAAGUGCAAUCAUUCACGCGACGCGACCAUUUGUUGUGAAUGAGUGGAUUCAGACCAAGAUUGAAGGCUAUGAAAUCUCUGGGACAGUUGAGGAAGUAGGGUGGUGGUCACCAACAGUUGUAAGAGGCGAAGACCGUGAAGCCGUUCACAUUCCAAACCACAAGUUAACUAUGAAUGUUGUGAGAAAUCUUACUCAAAAAUCUCACUGGCGUAUUAAAACCCACAUAGCCAUCAGUCACUUAGAUGUCGGCAAAAUUAGUACCAUAGUAGCUGACAUGCGGAAGGUUCUUGCAAAGAGUUCUAAUGUGGAACAGCAGAAAUUGCACAGAAGAGUAUUUUUGGACAAUAUUAAUCCUGAAAACCAGGCUCUGAUGAUAUUGGUGUCCUGCUUCGUGAAGACCUCACAUUUUGAAGAAUAUUUGCGUGUUAAGGAAACCAUUCUUCUGGACCUCCUAAGAGUCAUCAGGCACCAUCGUGCCCGUCUAGCCACUCCCAUUCGCACAAUCCAGAAAGUAUUCACCGAUUCAGACUUGGACAGCGUACCCUUCUCGGAUACCAUAUUUACCCGUGGAACUGCAUCCUCCAACAGCCCACUGCUACUGGUGGAACCAUCCUACAAAGUCACUGGGGAAGACAAGCCCAAAAGUCAAACCCGUUCGUCCCGCCCAAACGGGGAGGAAGACAUCAAGGUUACCUCCAAGUCAACUCUUGAUCUGGACACCAAGACAAAAGAUGAUAAAGCUAGUCCUGAGUCUGGACAAGUGCCCAAAACCGGCCCAAAGGAAGAUCCAAGAAUCACCUCAGCAUCAGAUCCCAAGCCCAAUAGCAGCCCAAAACCCGUACCCAGCACUGAUACUCAGAAAACAGGCCAGGAGAUUAACUUAGUCUCCUCGCCCGACUCGGGAAGCAGGAAACCCGAAAAUGCUUCUUCAACUAAUUCACAUUCGAAACAGGAUUCAAGACAACAGCCGAUUACACAGACUAAACCCUCUCUCGAGGAGAAUAUAGUUCUGGGCGUGGCAUUAGAGGGUUCAAAGAGGACAUUGCCAAUCGAGGAGGAGAUGGUGGGCCCAUCGAGUUCGAGCCCGGAGGAUGUGAAGGAGUUGGCAAAAUCGAGGAGUGGUAAUAGGCCACCUGUGGCUGAGAAGGACAAAAAUGAUGUCAAGAACUCGGGCCCUGGUUCAGCUCCAAGUAAUUUCGACCAGGUUGAUCAGCAGGACUAA